UUCAGUGAAAUAUAGAUAUAAGAUCAACAUUGUUCAGCAGCCCCGUGUUGGAUCAGAAGUUUUCAGUCGACCAUUGAUACGAUCAUGCAGAAAAUGAGGAGUGCAGCAUUUUUUAUUGGUCUUGCGGUAACAUUCAUUUUUCUCGGAAACUGUCACAAAAAUGCUGCAUUCAAGUUGGCUAAAGGCAUGAGGAGAGAAAAAACGAUCAACUUACUUCGCCGAGAAGGAAAAGAAACCCCUAGAACAUUUGAGGACCCUUCUUGUUUCCCCACUCUUAAUUCCGACGGGAUAUCGAUGUUAAAUUAUGGUAUAAAUCUCAUCAACUCCUCAAUAAAAAUAUCUGGAAGAUUUUUCGCGGCCCUUCAGGACCUAUACCAUACCGACAAUAAUACAAUUAAAACUGUUAUUUAUGACAACCUUGAAUCUUACAGCACUUAUUCUGCGAGAAAAUUCAAAGAAAAUAUGGAUUCUGAUUUAGAGGCAACCGCCAUUUCAUUCUACACUUACUUGAUCUAUAGUAGAAUAAACUCCUUUUUACGAGAACACAAAUGCGGAAAAAUGAAUCUGACGGACGACGCAAAAAAUCUGGGUCCAUACAGUGCUUAUUUAAUGGCUGUGCUGAUGUUCUCUCCACUCCUGUCUAAAGAAACAAAUACAACCUACAGAGAGGUGUCCUUUGAUGAGGAAAUGAUUGACCAAUAUGAGAUCGGAACUACGUUUCUUUGGUCAUCAUUUUCAUCUUCAUCCAUGUUUAAUAUGAAUUUUUUUGGAAAUGUGGAAUUUGUUUUCAACAACUCUCGAUCGUCAUUGUGGAGUCCUAGACGCAUUGAACAAUAUUCGUUCUAUCCCGAGGAAGAGGAAGCCUUGUAUCCUCCUGCAGCAAUGUUCAAAAUUACUGAAAAAACAGUCAAAGGGAAAGAUGUAUAUAUCUAUGCUGAUCUUGUAAACCAAAAUUUAUGAAAUAAACAGUGCCUGUUCAUAUUCAAUCGAA